AGGUGGGCCUGAAAGAUAACAGAGUGCAGGCUGAGGCCACAGACGUCACACCAGUCUUCCUUGGCGGAUUUCUUGCACUGACCUUGGCAAGCGAGCUCAUGAUCUCAGGAUGCACGGAAAAAUGAUCUUUGUGCUACUAUUGUCAGGUUAUAUUUUUACUAAAGCUGUCGCCACAGCUACUCCAAAAAUGGGUGUUACAACUACAACAUCAGCUUCACUUUCCACCAACGGCUCAAUAUCAACCACUCCUAGUGGUCCAAAGACAACCUCUCCUAGUACGCCUGUACCUACUACAGAAAAGGAAGAAGCUACAAGACAAAGAUAUCCACACAAUUUCUCACAACCAGUAAUAACAGUCAUUAUUUAUUCUGUGAUGGCUGUUAUCAUUGGAAUUAUCCUCAUAAGUGCUCAGCUUAUUGGCCUGCUGAUAAAGAGAAAUCCAACUCUUGGAACAAGCGAUCCUUUAACUUCUGUAAAAAUAGGAGAAACAGAAAGAAUUCAGAUACGAGACACGGAGGUCAAGAAAAUAAAGUGAGGAUUUAUUAAGCGAUAGUGUGCUAUCAAGGGGAGAGCGGGCAGACUCAGUAUAGUAACCGAUGAGAGUCUGUUCACCAAGCCAAGUUUUGGAAGAACUCAAAGACAAGACUUCAGUCAAGUGAAAAAUAAACAUGUAAAUUUUGGUCAAGUGAAAAAUGAGCAUGUAAAAAAAACCCAAUAAAUUGUAUACCUUCCAAAGUUGUACAAUUUCAGGAUAAAAAUUUCAUUGUAAUGAGUCCAGUGACAAAUAUUUUCUUUCAUGCUUGUUUUUGUGUGUUAGCAUAAUUUUUAUAAUUAAGUAACUUGGAAUUCUUAUCCAAAACUUUAGUUGGCUUCGUCCACAAUUCUUUAAGACUGACAUUCUAUUCUUUUGUAUUUUAAUGAUUGUGCUGUCAAAUGAAAGGCUUGUAACAUCUAGAUAAAAUCUAAGUUCUCUUCUCAUUCUAAACUUCCAAGUCUAUUUUCAUUGUUUUGAAUAAAUUAAGAGGACAGCGAAAUGCUAUUAUUUCCUUCAUUGCUGAACAGGCAGGGUAUGUAUUACACUAAUGAUGAUGAUGUUUUAGUCACACUAAUAAAGCUUGUGCUUGGAAAUGCCUUGCAUCAUACAUACAUACAUACACAUAUACAUACAUACACAUAUGUACAUAUACAUAAAGACAUGGACAUAGAUAUAGAUGUACGAAAUGACACCUACUUUCAUCCUAUAAUGCAUAAAUCAACACAAAAGAUUUUUCCCAUUAAAAAAGUGAGGUGUUACACAUGUGUAAAUGGCUCAUUUAAAAUAACUCUGAUAGUCUAGAGCAUUAACUCGUUCAGGGCACUUACUGAUGCAUUGUGUUCGACUGGGAGAGUUAGUUAUGUCAGUGGGCAGAGUAUCCUGAGAAAGAAUUAAUGAUUUUUUCUUCCUAAUAACUCUGUAAAUGCAACAAAAUGUGCAAAUUUAACAUGCAGGUAAAUAUAUUAAAAGAUUACUCUGUAUUGUCAAUUAAAUUCUUUAAUCUGUCCAGUCCUGGUUUCUCUUAUUAGUAAAGUUUUGGAAACUGGUUUAAAUAAUCUAAAAGAAAUUUCUGGAUACAAGAGACUAAGGCUUUGUGACUAUACAGUUAUCACUCAUUUACAGUAAAACUUGAAAAGCAAUGUAAAAACAAAGUACCUUCUUGUGAUGUUCUAUUUCCAAAUGAACAAAAAUCCAUAUAGCUUUUCAUUGUUGUGUAAUAAUUAAGUAAAUAAUAUUAUGUACAUAUUUGAGCCUGGGAAUGUAGAUUUACUUUUUAAUAAGUUAAAAAAAUCUAAAUCUUAACCUACUUGUAUGUUCAGAGAGUAUUCUUGUACUAAAUUGAUUAUAUAAAAAUAAAGAAUAAG